CACACCCUCAUGUCCUGCUGUUUGAAGGAAUACAGACAGCAUUAUGAGCGUUGUGGUAAACCUCAUGACUUCAUUAACUCUGCUUGUAGCAGGAUAGUUGGAGAAGAUAUUUUGUUGAUAUUUUCUCUACACAGAGAGACAGAAGAUAAUAAUGGCAAAAGAGCGAAACAAAGAUAAUGUAUAUGCAUAUGCAUUAUACAAAACUCUUGCAAAAGUUGAUUCUCCAUUGACUGUAGGCUUAUACUCAUCAUGUCACAGCAGGAUUAAAAUGAUUCUCACAAGCAUUGAAGGUCACAUGAAUGAUGAGGCAAAGAGAAAAAAGCAGAACAGUAACAGAAGCAGGUCCUCUAUUGGGAACCUGAUUUCACUAAUCUUUCGUCUCCUUUUCUAUCGACCUGUUUGGUCAGGAAAAAAAGAUAUGAAGAAAUGCAACCGCUAUGUGUUUGUAAGGUUUAGUGCUUGGCACUUUGCAGGCAGUGACAUGCUAUGGGCUGGCUUGGUAAUGCAGUUGUGCAAAGCUAUUCAGGACAGUUUUGGCAAGCUUCAGCUCAGCCUCUUCCGAGUAGCUCAGUAUGAUGAAGAAAAGGAUGGUAUGGAAAAGAAGACUGAAGAAAGCUCCAAUGACUGGAGGUCAAAGAAGUUCUGCUGCUGCCCACUAUGGGCCUUUGUCCUGAUUACACUGAUGGUUUGCCUCUUUAUUUUGGUACCAAUCUGUAUUUUAUCAUUUCCUGAAGUAAAGCUUCAAGGAGAUGGAGAUAACAACAAAGAGUAUGGAGUGAUCGACGGGUUUAUCAUUACAGUACUAGGAAUCCCUGCAGUUGGAGCUAUGAGAUUUAUUUUCUUGCUGCUGAAGAACCUGAUCUUUAGCCAGGAUGUUAAUGUCAGAUAUGCCUUGGACAACAAGAAGAUCAGUGAGCAGUUAGGCUUAAUGCAUGAAGUUCGGAAGCAGAUGAGACUACUGUCAUGCUUUAUUCACUUCAUGGAGACUUUUGAGAGGCAAAAGAUAAAAGUGGUGCUGGAAAUCACCAAUUUGGACUGCUGCACACCAGCAAAAAUUGUUGGGGUCUUGGAUGCCAUUAACAUACUUCUUUCUGAUGAGGAAAGCCCAUUCAUUUCUCUAGUUGCAGUUGACCCAGAGGUUCUUACCCAAAAAAUAGAUCAGGCAAAGGAUUGCUUUAGUAAAAAGGACCGAGCUUAUGGCUUCCUGGACCGCAUAAUCACACUACCCUUCACAGUACCACCUUUAUGUGAGGUAUCAAAGUGCAAGGUCUUCAAAAAUAUUUUACUGGAUGUGUCUGAACGGCCUUCUGACACCCGAAGAGAUGAAGUUGAGAAUUUAUCUAGCAUAAAGACCUCCGUUUCUUCAGAAGAUGUCCCUUUCAUACAGAGUAGCCUUAAUGAUGAGGUUCAAUCCACUUCCCUGAGAGCAAACAAUACCACAAAGAAAAAAGUGAAAAAUUUAAUCCAGGAAGCAUUUCAAAGCAUAUACUUAUCUGACAAAAAUAGGCUUCACACUUAUAUCUCAGAAAAUACUGUGUCUAUGAGGAGGGUCGCCAAUUCCACCAGGGUGUCCUUGACAGUCAUUAGGGCUCUUAAUGUUGAAAGUCCCCCUCCUGAAAGAGUCACUGCUUGGGUUGUACUGGUAGACCGCUGGCCUUGUAGACUAAGUUGGAUACUUCAAUGUAUGGAAGAUGAACAUCAGGCUUUGCAUACUGUUCAAACCAUGGUUGACUAUGAUCCCAGCAGGACUCUAUGGAAUGUGUUCAGUGAGAAUAGGAUAGAGCUCCAUACAAUUAGGGAGAAAGUGGAGAAGUUCCUGGAAAGAGAUGAUGAUCCUGAGCUGUUUGAAACAUUUCUCAAAAAGGACUACAAAUUCACAGUCAUAGAGGCAGAUCAACUUAAACAAUAUACAGUUAACCUGGACUAUUCCAUCAAAAAUGAGUUCGCAAGGAUUAGACAAAUCAGCACUUUGAGAGCAAUAGGAAAAAAUGCAUUCAACAAUUUGUCUCCAAAUACUGUCCUCAAGCUGUCUGUGGAAGAUGUUUGUAAUGAGCUAUCCAGGCUGAAGCUCCCCGAAGCAUAUGCUGAGAUUGUAAAGCAAAAUGAUAUAAAUGGACAGACAUUGCUUCUUUGUGACCCAGCUGAACUGAGACAGGUCAUGCAAAUGACUCUUGGUGAAUGGACAGCUUUUAGGAUUCACUUUCUUGGAGACAUGUCAUAUUAUCAUCUGAGUAAAGCUAAGUCAGCACCAGCUGUCUCAAGUCCUAAUGCAAUUUACCCCUCUAGUAUGUGUAGUAGGAGCCAUAUGAAUCUUAUUUAAUAUUGUUCCUAUAUUGGUCAUUAUCAUUAAGCAAAGAAUUCUGGAUUUUUAUUAUUGAAAUCUUGCUAUUUACUUAUACAAUCUAGACAUGUAAGUUACAAAAAACCGAAGAGAUAUUAAUCACUUUGUUUAUGUUAAAUAAUGUUGGCUCACCUUGUUCACUCUUAUGUUGCAACAUUAACAGUCCAAUUCCUUGAUGGGAAAACUACUGUGCUUCUAACCCCCAUGCUAUCAAAAUGUCAGGAAAAUAUAAUGUUUGACUUGUUUAACAUUAACAGGCAACAAGAUUAAGAAGAGAAAACAUAAACAUGCAUGGAGUACAUAUAUUACCAUGAUGGAAAUUAUUUUUGGAUUGAUUCUAAGCACUGCUUAGUCACUGCACUACCACACUGACUAAUGUCAAGGGCAAUUAAGGCACAUCCACAUUUUUUUGUUUGUUUGUUUGUUUUUAAGCUGACAUUACAGUUGUGGAGAUCAACUAUUAUUGUUGUUAUAUGUUGUUAUUAAUUUCUUAAAUAUUCCACUCCAGAAUUAUUGGCACUUUUCAUAAAAACAAGCAAAAAUGGAUGCAUAUGUAAAAUAAAUCAUGCAUGCAAUAAGUGAUCAUUUCAGUUUAAACAUAUAAGAACAUUAUAGUUUUAUUUUAACAAGGACUUGAAGAUGGUGUAUUAUUUGUGUAUUGCAAAAGUUUGGCUUCAAAAGGACUGGCAACCAGGCACCUGGUAUCAUAUCAGGGAGGUAACUCUGGACUUCAGUUCCCAUCAGCCACUGCACUGCACUACAUGUCACAUGACCGUUUCCCUGUCUUUUGCUUGUCUUAGACUUCUGUGUUCCAUGUUCCUUGAUCUUGUUUUUUUAUGUAUAGUUUUGCCACAGUAUUGUGCCAAGUUGUCUUAGUGUCUUUGUUUUGUUGUUCGUUUAAUAAACUAUUUUGAAAAUCUGCGAUUGCUUCCGAACUUCAACCUUGAAACGUGACAGAACGAAAGACAUACAGUCGGAAGCAGCAGAUCGCCAGGAUGGAGAACUGGGGCAUCAGGAUGCCACCGAUGAUCGUGGAAUACUUUGGUACGGUACACCAACAGGCGGAGGAUUACCAAGCGGCGCUACGAAAGCAGCAGGUCGCCAGGAAUUAUCUGGGCUUCAACUUGCCUCCUAUGUUCACGGAGGACUAUGCCACGCCACACCAACAGGAAGAGGAGUCCGGGUACAAGGGGGAGUCUGUGGUCGGGGCUAGUACCAUCUCCCACCCUCCUCCCCCUAUUAUGGAUCUAGUUCGGCAAACGGAAUCAGCGGAGAACGAAAGUCAGCCUCCCUGCUUGUCUGAGGAGGCCGCUCAGCUUUUCGGUUCAGCUGAGGAUGCCGCUCAGUCACCCGGGUUGGCUGAAGACGUUGCGCUGUGUCCUGACAUACCCAAGUACUUCUCUCUGUUCAACAACCCCACACUCAACGCCGCUGUGCUUGCCAGUUCGCUCUGCUUUCCUGCUCAGCUGAGGACGUCGCUCUGCCUGCAUGUUCAACUGAGGAUGUUGCUCUGCCUUCAUGUUCAACUGAGGACAUCGUUCUGCCUUCUUGCUCUGCUGAGGACGCUGCUCUGCCUCCCUGUUCGGCUGAGGUCGUCGCUCCGCCUUCCUGCUCGGCUGAGGUCGUCGCUCCGCCUUCCUGCUCAGCUGAGGUCGUCGCGCCGCCUUCCUGCUCGGCUGAGGUGGUCGCUCCGCCUCCAUGUUCCGUUGAAGAUGUCGUUCCUCUUCUUUGCUGCGUGCCGUAUGUCACUCCCCCUUCCUGCUCCAUGGAGGACAUCGUUCCCCCCUCAUGCUCUGGGGAGAGCAUCGUUCCUCCCUUUGGCCUCGCAGAGAACCUCGCUACUCUCACUGGCCUCACGGAGAACCUUGCUCCCCGCUAUGGUCUCGCGGAAAUCUUUGAGCUUCUCUCGGGCUUUGCGGAGAACAUCGCUCCCUUCUCCUGUCCCACUGAGGAAGCUGUCCCGCUGCCCUGUCCUGCUGAGGAAGCUAUCCUGCUGCCCUGUCCUGCUGAGGAAUCGAUCCCGCUGCCCUGUCAUGUUGAGGAAUCUAUCCCGCUGACCUGUCCUGCUGAGGAAGCUUUCCCGCUGUCCUGUCCUGCUGAGGAAGCUAUCCUGCUCUCCUGUCCUGCGGAGGAAGUUGUCCCACUGUCCUGCCAUGCAGACGUCGCUCAACUUUCCUGCUCUGCCGAGGACAUCACUCCGCUUUCCUGCUCCGCCGAGGAUGUCCCUCUGCUGUCCUGCACUUCUGAGUACGUCCCUCUGCUUUCUUGCACUGCCGAGGACGUCGCUCCAUUUCCCUGCUCCGCCGGGCACGUCUGUCCGCUUUCCUGCUCCGCCGUGCACGUCGGUCCGCUUUCCUGCUCCGCCGAGCACGUCGGUCCGCUUUCCUGCUCCACCGGGGACGUCUGUCCGCUUUCCUGCUCCACCGGGCACCUCGCUCUGCUUUCCUGCUCUGCCCAGGACAUUGCGUUGCUUUCCUGCUCCGCCAAGUGCAGCGCUCUGCUUCCCUGCUCCACUGCGGACACUGCUCAGCCUCCUAGUUUUGCUGGGGACAUUUUGCCCAGGGGGCCGGGACCACCAGCUGGAGGGUGUGUAUUUUUGGUUGCUCCAGGAGAAGCGCCCUUGUGGGGGGUUCUGUCAUGUAUCAGGAAGGUAACUCUGGACUUCAGUUCCCAGCAGCCACUGCACUGCACUACAUGUCACGUGACCACCUGCACCUGAUUCACGUUUGUUAAUGAGCACACUUGUGUGUAUAUAUAGCCAUUGUCUGCACUGUCUCCCUGUCUUUCGCUUGUCUUAGUCUUCUGUGUUCCAUGUUUCUUGAUCUUGUUAGUUUAUGUUUAGUUUUGCCACAGUAUUAUGCCCAGUUGUCUUAGUGUCUUUGUUUUGUUGUUCGUUUAAUAACCUAUUUUGAAAAUCUGCAAUUGCUUCCGAACUCCCACCUUGAAACGUGACACCUGGUCUAUAUAUCUGGCUCUUCUGGUGGGACUGUGAGAACUCCUGGACAAUGUGAACUAUUAAUCAUUUUGUCAAUCACAGUUAAUUCAGCAAAAUCAUCUUGCAUUUCUACUUAAUUUUGCUCAAUUUUGCUUAAAUACCGAUAGUGCUCAGCAUGGUGUGUGCAUAGACCAUUAUAGGUGCUAAAACAUCUAUAAUUACGGUCAUGUUGUCACAACAUACAUGCAAAGACGGAAGCAAUUGCAGUUUUAUUUAAACAAAGUCCAGCAAACGAAUCCAAAAUGAAAGGCAGGUUCAAGGUCAAGGCAUGCAGAAGGGUCAGGAGAUCAGCAAACAGGAUAUCGUAGUAUAACCAGAACACAAAAAACAGGAGACAGAGUCAAGAAUCAGAAUAGCAAUAAUAACCAACGGCUUGGUAAGUCAAAGUAUGCACAACGGAGCAUUAUUUCGCAAAGUUCUAGUGAAUGAAGUUCCUUUUUAAAAAGUGCUGUGUGAGUGCAUGUGACUGGCAACAGCCGAGUGUCAUUAGAACUCCAGAGACUGAGAGUAUACCUAUGUGCGGAGUUGGGAGUUGUAGUCUGUGUCCACCGUGUUUGCAAGCAGUUUAUUCUGGGAAUUGGAGUUCAAAGAUGGAGUAGACCUGACACAUACUGGCACGAAGUGGAAUGAUUUUGUUAAUAGACAUGUUAUUUAAGUUGGGCCUUGCAUGAUUUUCGAUUUAUUUUUAGAUUGUAGGCCUUCAAAAUAAAAUUGUACCUGAGUCAACACGUUUAUUAUACUACCACUAAAAUACUGACCUAAAAUCUAAUGACAGAGAAAUGAGAAAUACAUUUCCUGUAAAUCUUGUCAGUGAACUGGUUAUUACUCCCCUAAAAUUUUAUAUGAAAUAUAUGACAAAUGCAUCACUGUUACACUGCACAAACUGGGUUCUUAAAGGGAGAGGAGAUGAUUUGAUUCUUACACCUGUAUCAUGCAUUAUGUUAACGCCGAAAUCGGUGCGGGACUACACUACACAAUCAGCAUCUGCAUAAGACCUCAAUGAGCACUUACCUGUGUCCUUUUUUACUUAAAUAUUAACACUAUUUCAGUUUUGGUUUAUCUGUGUUUCUCAGUCUAUCCUUUAUCAUUUGUUAAUGUGCGUACCUAUUAUCACCUAUUGCCUGUAUUGUCCUUAUCUCAUGUCCAUAGUUUAUGUUUAUUGAUUUUAUUUGUGUUUAAAAUUAAAUUGUCUGCUCAA